AUGACUAUUCUUCGAGAGCAUAAUCGAAGCCGCAGCUUGGAGACGCAGCGUAGUGAUUUCCUUCACGAUCUCACCAACACUACUGAAGGAAUCCACUUCCCUUCUACCAAGCUUCUUUCAGGCAAGGCUAAUGAGAAAGAAGCCCUUGCUGUGCUUUGCCCUGAAAAGGCAUACAAGGCGACCGAGAUUGCUAUUGUCCAUUUAAGCAAGCUCCUUGUCCAGUGCAACAAAUGGCUCCCUAUUUUCGAUGUGCAGGGACCCCGUACGUACUGGACCGUUGUUGCUACUACGACUUCCCAGAUGCAAAAAAUCGAGUUGUCGGAAAAAAUGGCCAAGGAUGUUGUGUUUGCUCUUCUCCGAGCCAGACAGCGCUGGAUCCUUCGUCAGGACAACCCCAGAGCUGCCACCACCACCGUGAGAUCUCACUUCAUCGCCGGCCUCCAGCGACUUCUUCAACGAUUUGAGGAAAAGGAAAAGGACGCCACGGCGUUCCAGUUCAAAAAAGACAAAGACUGGAAGUUGACUGAGAAGGAGAUCCGUGACGCCAAAUCGCGCCUCAUGGGCCCCGGAAGUCAGAUGGCCGGUGGCCGUAUUGGACUUUCCUUUCACUCCCCUCACGGCCUGUAUCCCAUCGCUCAGUUGUCGAGCGCUCCCAUGCUGGAGAGAAACCUUCUCGGCAUGCUUGACAGCUGCGUGGAGAAGAUCACUCCGGCCGAAGCUGUGCAGGCACUUCUAUCCAACUCGGCCAUGGACGCUGUCAAGGUUGAGACAUGGCAACGGAGUUGGUUCGCAGAGUUACCAGAUAGUGACGAUGACGAUGACGAUGGCGACGACGAUGACGACGAGCAAGCCGGCGUCCUUGGUCAUUUCAUUCCACCUGAGCAGGGGGACGAAGACGGGUGGCUUUACGAAAAGCCACAACCCGAGCUCGUCCCUGUCCCGGCGAAGACCAUGAAGCGCUUCUUCAGCGAAGAGCCCGAGGAUAACGGCCCGGCCAAGAAGCAAGUCUUUGGCAAGGGAAAGGCCAGAUCCGUCUCGACUCCGGUGGUCAGCCAGCCGCCGCUGGCUCCAGGCAAGUCGGCCAAGACCUCUCGCUCGACCUCUCUGCAGGUCCCCCAGACGUCCAAGAAGUAA